AUUUGCAUCUAAGGAUAGCAGUAUGAAGGUUUUUGUUUUGUUAUGUAUUUUAUCUGUUUCCUAUAGGCUGUGUAAUGGUGCUUGUUUUAUGAUUCAACAAAAAGGUUGCUACUAUGAUAAGAUAGGCUUCCUAAUUCCCCCUAAGGGAAGUGUAACAGUGUGGACUCCUGAUUGUGUAGAUUGUACAUGUGGUGCUACUGGAAUCAGUUGCUGUUCAACUGCAGGUAGACCGACAGAGUUCCCGGAUGAUUGUGAGAUAGUGAUGGAUGGAUGCUAUGCUAGAGUGGUCAAGAAGAAGGAUCAUACCAUAGAAUGUCCAAUCUUUGCUAUGGUGGGAUAAUAAUGUUUCCCGUCUGUA